AGGGUUCGGGUUUAGCCAGUAAGGAGGCGGGCGGCCUGCCAACGGCACAGCUCCUGUGGGACGGUUUGGAAGCUUGGGCAAAGCGGCCCCAGGGUUGAAUGGCUGUCUGGCUGACUGACAGCUUGUUCCAGGAAGGAAAGAAAGGGCCAGAGGAGCAGGGAGCCAAGGAGGAUGGAAGAGAGAAGUUUGAAAUCCUGAACCUGGAGUUGAAGUCAGGGGACACCCUGAAGAUCAAGGGGAAGAUCGCCAGUGAUGCGGAUGGCUUCGUGCUCAACCUCGGCCGCUGCCCCGACGAACUGGGGCUGCAUUUCAACCCGCGUUUCUCCGAGGCAGCCAUCGUCUGCAACUCCCGCUCCCAAGGCCACUGGGAAGAGGAGAGGCGGGACACUCACCUGGUCUUCUCUCCGGGGUCAGAAGUCAAGCUCACUGUGGAAUUCCAGGGAGAUGAGUUCCGGGUGAAGCUGCCAGAUGGGCACGAGGUGACCUUCCCCAACAGGAACAACCACGACCAAAUCACCUACCUCUGCAUCCACAGUGGCCUCAGGGUCACGUCUUUCAAAUACGACUGAGGCUGGACCUGAUAAAGAGGCUCCUCCAUUAGACAUUGGUGCAAUAAAGAGGCUCCUCCGUCAGAC